GUGUGAUGCCGCCUUUACCUUAUCAGGUUGGAUGAUGAACACUCAUGAACAGUGUUGACAGCCAACCGAUGGCACUGAGGUCAUGUACCAAUAAAUUUUAAAUACACCAUAAAAAUGUCAAUAAAAACAUGAUUGAACACAUGAUGCAUGAAAUAAUGAUUACAUCAUACCCGUAAACCGAAAAAUGGAUAAGUCAUAACCGGAAUAGUACUUGAAACGAUCGUUCCAUGGUAAAAAAAAUUCAUGGAUGAUUAACUUGAAUGACUUUUGAUAUUUCACAUCCUCGAGCGACUUGACGUGAGAGGUUGUGGUGUGACGGUGUAUCGCUUUUUCGUAUUUUCAAUUUCGGAUCAAGAAUGGCUAAACAUAAUAAGGAUAAUUUGAAAAAUGUGAUUAUAAACACCGGUAAUAUACUAUCUAUUAAAGAUUUCACAAAAAAAGCUAACCACAAUACUACAGAAGAGUUAGUGGAAGCUAUUAAUUGUACUUUAAAGGAUGUACAAGGUGCCUUGGAUAAUCAUCUAGACAAUGUUGUAGUUAUAUCAAGACAGAAUGAUGAUUUAGUACAACGAAUAAAGGAAAAUGAUGUAUCUGAAUUGAAGAUUGGAAUUAAAAUUUUUUUGAAUGGGGAUGAUCAAGUAUCGCUGAAGGAGGCGAUUGACAAGGCAUUUUAUACCCUGCAAGUAAACACAAUCAAUGAUGCAGUCAUAAGCUUCAAACAAACACAAUUGGAAAAAGAACAAGACAAUCUGGCACAGAUCCAGACUGUCUGGAAAGCUCUCCAGGCAUUUGUACAGAAUGGCAAAAUCAGGCAAAUCGGGAUAGCAGAUGUGGAGGAAAAAAUAUUGAAGCAACUGUAUGAUUGGGCUGAGGUGAAACCUAGCAUUAUACAAAUCAAUCUGGCAUCAUGUUGUGUGGUCCCUCCCACACUACAAGCAUUCUGCAAAGAUAAUGAUAUAAAACUUUUGACACACAGUGAUUCAAAUGAUGUACUACCAAAAGAAAAUAUUCAGGAAUUAUUUGAUGGCUCAUUUAAUGUGAAAUGGGUACUAAGGUUUCUGACGCAUUUAAAAUGCAGAGGAGUGCUGACCACAAAGGGAUAUCUGUUAUGCUUAGAGAAAGAUUAACCCUAUGUCAUUUUUAACAUUUUUUUAUACUGAGGCUCUAAAAAUGAUAUUUAAGUUGAAAGGAUACAUCACCAUUUUUGUUAAAUAUUUUUUUAUACAUUUGAAGCAUUCAAAAUGCAACACUGAUGUUUGAAUAUGUGUGAAUAGAUUUUGAAAACAAGAAAUUGAAAAAGAAAUUACAUUCCAGGAACAUGGUACAACAAAGAUUACUGGGGUAUACUGCUGUGAUUUGGUGUUACUUAAAAUAUUGUAUAUUCCCUAAAUCAUUUCUCGUGACGUGCGCCUGCAAUCAUUAAAUUAUUUGUUGAUUAUCCUAAAAAAGUCUGUUUUAUUUCCCUUAGUAAGCUAAGCGCUGAAACCUGAACCGCAUCACUUUUGGACAAAUGAUUUCGACAAAAACAAAACGUGCAUUGAUACUAGGAAACUUGGACAUACCACAGAAGUUACAGGGGAAGAUGCAUUACUAGGAUAUAGGUUUGCCGA